ACAAUUGACUUGACUGCUGAGAUGGGCCGUUCCGGGCUGUUACGGCUCUGACUCGCUUUGGCCCGGUUCUGUAACUGAAUGGGACCCGUGGCCCAAGAUAGGGGGGAGGGGGAGAGUGAAAAGGUGGGGAGAUGGGCCUGAAAACAAAACAGCGACGGGCUAAGGGAGAAAACUAAUUUACUAGCUAUGAUAGCGGAAAAGUGUGAUAAGGCAGUAUAAUGCCAUUGGAAUUGAAGCUGAUAAAUGAGUGUCCCAAACCAAAGGCAUUACUUACUGUAAUGCUGAAGGCCAAGUGGCUGGGCAGCACGCACCGCAGUGACAAGUAGUAAAAGAAGGGCAGUCUCGUGACUCCCCAGCAGUUUCAUCUUUCCCUCUGAACAGAAAAUGGGAACGGAAUAGCAAAGUCUUCUGGGAGAUGUAUUUCUUCUUUUCUGCGAAGGGCAUCUGGAAACUCUCUCUGAUCCUUGGAACUGGACCACUAGCUCCAGUGUUGGAGUUCUGUGCCACUUGCAAUGGAUUUCACUGAAAGCUUUCAGAAACUUUAGCAGUCCUUUGUCCUCCAGACAAAAACAGUCAGGGAGAGCAAGAGUUAAACAAGUGCUUAUAGCAGUGGAUUGCUCAAAUUUCUAUGAGAGGAGGUUCUGGCAUUAGCAGCUGAGUCGCAUGUGAUUGGCCUUGACUCAGAGGUUGCAGCAGGUAACAGGGGCUGUGUUGCAAACACGAGGAAGUUACAUGUUGCUGAUUCCUCCAGGAGCAAUGAGCUCUGUUGGUAAAAGAGGCAUCAACAGUAAGGAACCACUCCAGGCUAAUUCUUUGGUUAUUAUUGAGGUCAUGGCAGAACAAGAGUUGCCAGGUCUUCUGAUUAUGGAUAUUGGAGGAACUCAUGGUGUGCCUGAAAGCCUUGUGGCGCUUCUGAAGAAACACUUUUGCAUUAUCACUGUGAAAGAACUUCUUGAAAACAAAAAAGAAAUGGGGAAAAAAAUCCAAUCCAUUUUUGUGUCUGAGACCAGGCCAACUAUCGACCAGGAGCUUCUAGAAAGCCUGCCUAAUUUAAAAGUCAUUGGAAACUCUGGUGUUGGAGUGGAUCACUUAAACUUGAAAAUGAUUUCUAACUUUGGUGUAAAAGUGACUAACACCCCACACGCUGUUGCUGACUCAACAGCAGACAUGGGAAUGGCCCUAAUGCUGGCGUCUGCAAGAAGACUUGUGGAAGGCUCCCAGAUAGCAGUUUCUCCAGACACUAACUAUUUUGCUGCUGAUUGGCUGGGAGUUGAAGUUACCAGGGCGACUCUUGGGAUCAUUGGGAUGGGCAGAAUCGGCUAUAAAGUGGCUCAGAGAGCCAGAGCCUUUGAAAUGAAGAUCCUGUACCACAACAGGAACCGCAGGAGCAAGGAGGAGGAGCAGGCCGUUGGUGCCUGCUACAGUGGGAUGGAAGACUUGCUGCAGCAAUCUGACUUUGUUAUGCUGGUUGUGAACCUGACACCUGAGACUAAAAAACUGAUUGGGAAAAAGGAGCUGGGGCUGAUGAAACCCACAGCCACUCUUAUAAACAUCAGCCGAGGUGCAGUUAUUGAUCAAGACGCACUGGUGGAAGCUCUCCAGAAUAAGACUAUUAAGGCUGCUGCUCUGGAUGUGACAUACCCUGAGCCUCUGCCAAGAAAUCAUCCUUUGCUGAAAUUAGAUAACAUCAUCAUAACCCCGCAUAUUGGAACUGCAACAGUUCAAGCCACCCACAUGAUGGCAGAAGAAGCAAUAGCAAACAUGCUGUCCGUUCUCAAGUGUCAACCCGUUCCAAGUGAAGUGUUUCCCCAGUGAUGUGCACCAGACAGCAGUGCUAAAUCUCUGACCUAUGAGAAGGCACCAUUUCAUGCAGAACCACUAUUAGUUUUGAAAAGGAAAAAAAAGCAGCCGUGUUCCUGCACAGCUCUUUUUGUCACCAUAUUGCAAAGCUGGCAACUUGCUCAGCUUACUCUGUACUGACAUUUACAAAAUCAAAACAAUGAAGUUCCACCCUUCUGUUUGAAUA